AUGGAUGGACUCUUCUCUGAAAGAGAAAAUGAAGAAGAUGAUGAACCAAGUGAAAACAGCCAGAGCACCAGGAAGUUGCAGCUGAAUGAUUUUGCUGUGGUGAAAGUUCAAGGCAAAACCAAAGACUCGGAGGCCAUGGUGACGAGGAGGUCCAUGAUGCCAGGAGUCACGGGGACAGCUGUGAUGGCCAUGGUGCCCGCCAUGGUGCCCGCCAUAGUGGUGGGGACCAGAGUGGUGGGGACCGUGAUGGUGGGGCCCAAAGUGGUGGGGCCCAAAGUUGUGGGGACCGUGAUGGUGGGGCCCAAAGUGGUGGGGACCGUGAUGGUGGGGCCCAAAGUGGUGGGGCCCAAAGUUGUGGGGACCGUGAUGGUGGGGCCCAAAGUGGGGCGGGCCUCUGUGAUGACGACCGUGGCGCUCCGGCGAGAAGCUGUGACGCCCGCGGGGGGCAUCCCUGGCGGGGACGGCGCCUGGGUCGGCGGCACGGCCUCCUGCUGCAGCAGGUUCCCUCCUGGUUGGCUGAGCGUCAGCACGAGGAUGGGCUGGUCACGACCGCACUGCGUUAUUCCCGGCAAGGAGUGGUGGCUGGAAGCCGGGUCCUCCAGCAUGCAGCAAUGCUAUCUUCCUGCAACUUGCAACUGGCAACUGGCUCGUUCCGGGGCCGGCUGCCACACCGCUCAGGCUCGUUCCGGGGCCGGCGGCACGAUCAUAUAUCAUCUGAAACUUCCAUUUGUCGAACAUGGCCUCGUGGCUGAGCGCUCUGUGGCGCUAUCAUCUAAACAUAAAGUUGACGGUUCGAAUCCCGGCAGGUCUGCCGUUCCUCGCGAGGCGUCCUGCAGGCAGACUGCGCGCCGGAGUGUGGUGACGUCACGACCACGCCCCAGUGGCCAGCGGUCGGCUGUGACGUCACACGGACCCACGCAGCUCUUGGAGAGCCGCCGCCUGCCGUGUGAUGCCUUGGCCGCCUCCACCGCCGCCUCCCCAUCACCACCCGCCCCCACCACCACAUCAUCACCACCCACCCCAUCACCAUUCUCCACCACCACCACCACACCACCACCACCCACCCCAUCACCAUUCCCCACCCCCACCACCACAUCAUCACCACCCACCCCAUCACCAUUCUCCACCACCGCCGCCACAUCACCACCACCCACCUCAUCACCAUUCCCCGCCCCCACCUCAUCACCACCACCCACCUCAUCACCACCCGCCUCCACCGCCGCCACACCACCACCCACCGCCCCCAGGUUUCCACCCGCCCCACCCCUUCUAACUCCGGCCAAUAUCGGAGCUGGUAACUCGCCCGGGCAAGGUGCUUGGUGGUGGAAGGGGGGGGGGGGGAGGAAGUGAAGGCUUGUCUCAAGAACCGCACUGCAUCACGUGCGGAAUCUGAUUACAAGAAACAUUACUGGCUACAUAAUUAAUUAUUGACUUUUUUGUUCAAUGUGCAUGCGUGCAGCUACAUAGUAAACAUAUUACAUGUAAAA